CUAAGAAUCUAGAGCAUUCUUGCAUGCAUUUUCCCCAAUAUAUAGCUAUAUAACUCCCCAUCAAACUCCCUCAUCAAACUCAUCAGUCAUCAUUAAUAAAGCAAUAAUUGUAUAAAAAUAUAUAGAUUAACUAUAUGGCAGAUCCAACUCCUCUUCUGAGCCAAGCCAACAACACUCCUUGUGAUACAACAACACAAACAAAUGAACAACACCAUCUUCCUUCUCUUGGUUCCACAAUAGAAAAGUGCAUAGGUGAAAUCAAUUGGAGUCAAUUCCUUCAAGCUGUGCUAAUCUCCUUUGUUUGGAUCUUUGAUGCCCAACAAACAUUCAUCACUGUUUUCACCGAUGCAAUGCCAUCAUGGCACUGCACCGGCGAAUACAAAAAUUUAAAUCAGAUUUCAGAUGUUAGAUCUAACUUACAAUUGGGUCCAACAAUCAAGAUUCAGACUGAUUGCUACUCAGCCACAUCAUUUAAUGAUAUGUGCAACCUUCCUAAAGGCUCGUGGGUCUGGGAUGGGCCGGCACAAACCUCCAUGAUAUCGGAAUGGGCUUUGGAGUGUGAGAACUCUAUCAUCACAGGCCUUCCGGCUUCAAUGUUCUUCAUGGGCUGCUUAGUUGGUGGGCUUUUGUUGUCCACACUUGCUGACUCCUCAUCACUUGGUCGCAAGAACAUGCUCUUCUACUCAACUCUCUUGAUGGCUCUUUCAUCUUUCCUCACCACCUUCUCUCCCAACAUUUGGAUCUACUCAUCACUCAAAUUCAUAACCGGAUUUGGCCGUGCCACCAUUGGAACUUCAUCGCUCGUUUUGGCAUCCGAGCUAGUUGGAAAGCGCUGGCGAGGUAAGAUUAGUGUCAUUGGCUUCUUUUGUUUCACUAUAGGCUUCUUAUCUCUUCCAGCUAUUGCUUACGUAAACAAAGAUUCCUCAUGGAGAAAUCUUUACUUGAUGACAUCAGUUCCAACACUUUUCUAUUGCAUGUUGGUGAAAAUUUUCGUUCAAGAAUCACCUAGAUGGCUUUUAGUAAGAGGACAAAAAGAAGAAGCUAUAGCUACACUAAAAUACAUAACCUCAAUAACUCAAAGUAACUUAAAUUUAGCAAUCAACAGUAUGUCUUCAAAUGAGGAAGAAAAUAAUUUGAAUGUGGAUUUAUUCUAUGCCCUCAAGAUUUUGAUGCAAAAGAAAUGGUCAUCAAGGAGGCUAUUGUUCGUUAUGGCGAUAGGUUUCGGCGUUGGAGUUGUCUAUUAUGGUAUGCCAUUAGGCCUUGGAAACUUGUCCUUUAAUCUUUACUUAAGUGUCACAUUUAAUGCCUUAAGUGAGCUACCAUCUUCUUUGGUCAUAUUUUUGUUCAUAGACAAAUUUAGAAGGAGAAUUGCAUUGCUUGUGUUUUGUAUCAUAAGUGGUGUUUUUAGUGUGAUGUCAACUAUGGAAGGGGAAAUAUGGAGUAAGAUGCAAAUUUGGUUUGAGUUGAUAUCAUUUUUUAGUGCUUGCACUUCUUUUGGUAUUUACCUAAUUUUCACCACUGAGUUGUUCCCAACUUGUGUGAGGAAUUCAGCUUUGUCAAUGGCUAGGCUUGCUGUGGUGUUUGGUGGUGUUUUUAGUCCAUUGUUGGUGGGUGCUGGUAGAGAAUAUGCGUUUCUUUGUUAUGGUGUGUUUGGAUUAGCUAUAGGUUUUAGUGGUGUAUUUGGAGUUUUCUUGCCAGAGACAAAAGGGAGAGCACUUUGUGAUACAAUGGAUGAAGAAGAAAACAAAGGAAAACUUUCAUGUGAUAUAUUGGCUUGAAUUUAACUAGUGUUCAACAUAUCCAUCGCACAAUUCUUCGAAGCUUUUUUAUAAGAAACAAUUAACUUUUUAAAAUUGAUGUAUUUAGUGUAUAAUAUAGACCAAAUACAUCAGUUAUUCAAUUAACCUAAAAAAUUAAUUGUUUCUUAUAAAAAAGACCGAAUGAUUAUAUGCGUAAAUAUUUUAUAUUAGAGCAUACAUCAAUUUUAUUUGUAAGUAAUUAUAUUUUAAACAAAUUAUGUAUUAUGCAGGCAAAUAUGUUUGCUAUAUUGUAUUGGUUUGAUAUGGAUAACUUUUUAAUAAAAUAAAACGUAUAAGUGAUUUAUAAU